AUUUAUUAAGACAAGAGAAUGCCAGACUUAUGGCUAGAAUUGUAGAAUUGGAGCAGACUGCAAAAGAAAAAGAUGAGCUUAAAGCUAGAAUUGCGGAAUUGGAACAUGCUAUGGGAGAGAGUACCAGAUGCGAAGCUGAGAAUGUUGAGCUUAAAGCUGAAGUAACGAAAUUAAGACAUGAUUUUGAGGAGCUCAAACAGCAAACUCAAGUCAUUACUAAUGUGCAAGACACGUCUUCUAUUGGCGGAGCCAGCACAACUGAAAAUAUCUCGCCUAAUUCAUCACCUAACGAAAACCUUUCUAAUGAGAGGAGUUUGCAUAACAAACAAUUUUCAACUGAUGAUAUUGAUUCCGAGUCUUUAGAGCAGACACAGAACACCGUUUCUUCUGAAAUAAAUUCUGACAAUACUCCCGAACAGAUGGAAGAUAACGCGUCUAAUUCUGAUUCUAAAUUGUUAGAAGUUAAGGAGAUCAAUAAUUUUCUGGAUCGAAAAGAAAAAGAAAAAGUUAGUAAUAUAAUGAGAGAUAUAAACAGGGAAAAGAAACUAUUACGAAGUAACAAAGAUUCCACUUCUCAAGAUCAAGAAUCAAUGCAAAAAGGACCCUUUUCUUCUGAUAAUCCUACAACUGAGGCACAAAGUACUGUUUCUUCCGAAAUAAAAAUUCCCUAUAAUCAAAAAGUAGAACAAGGUUUAAUGCGUGAAUUAUCUGCAUUUAUUAACGAGAAAAGCCCUAUAUCUGACAAACAAAUUACUGGCCAUGCCUGCUUCGCUGAAAAUAUGCUAGACGGGAAUGAUCUGACUCCAGGUUCUACAUCACAUUUAGCUCAUUUAUUUGAUAAGGCUAAAAAAACUGGCCAGAAAGAAAUUUUAUGUUGGUAUUGUUAUAGUGAGGAGUUUGAAAAAAAGGUCAGAGAUAUUAGCUUAAAGAACGAAAUUAAUGAUCAAAUGGCAAGGACACAGAUUUACAAUGAAAUGGAACCAUAUCUUCCUGAUAUCAAGAGAGAGUAUUUGCGUAAGAAGACUCAAAAGGCUAAAAAUAUUUAUACAUUGUUCAAAGAAAUAGGAAUAGAUAAAAUCCAGCAAGUUACAUAUAGUGCUGAUGCUAUUUCUAGUUUAACAGGUGUUCAAAUCCAAAAUAUUAUAAAUCGUUUCCCUAAAAAGAGCACACAUGUGAUUGAACGAUCUAUCUCAAAUAAUUCAGAAAAAUUACCAGAACUUCUCAUCAAAAACGAAUCAGAUAUAAAUACUCUUAUCGACAUUUUACAGAAAAAAUAUAAAAUCUCAGGAAACGUGUUAGAACGAUGGAGAGAUAAGAUUGCUUUUGAAUUGCGGGAUAAUCAAAAUUACUGGAAAAAAGAGCGCGAGAGCAUGAAUGAAAUCGACUUCUUAGAACAUAAGCAAAACUUCGAGGCUAAAAUGAAUGUCCCUACUACUCCAUACAAAAAAGAACUAAAAGAGCGUUCUUUAGCCCUUAUUGAAUAUGG